GGCAUCGAGCUUGUAGGUAGGACAGAGGGUGCUAUCACUAACCCAAGGGAGAUUACCUCAAGUGUUGCUCUCAGGCACUUGCACAAUGCUCUCAAAGAUGGUUUAUGUUACUGGCACAAACUGACAGAUGAAAAACUUGCUGCAAGAAAGGAGGUGCAUGAGCAAUGUGUUAUUUUGGGGGAGGAGAAAAUUAGAGCAACUCCAUAG